ACAAAAAACAAGAACUAGUUUCCAUGAGUAAAAUCGUUUGCUACUCACGGCUACUCAUGGAACCGAGUGCCUUUUAUUCGAAUAUUACGUAUUUUUACUUCAGAAUCUGUGUUUCUGUUAAAAGUUACAUCCGCUCUUCCAGUAUACUGGUACUCGUUUUUAUUUUUUUCUUGAGUAUCCCUACGCGAUAAGCACGUUAAACAAAUGUGCAAAGUGAGUUUCUUUUCAAUUUGGUACGGCUUGGUGGAUGAACGGGUAAAAACACUAACAAUCGAGUGAAGUGAGAAUUGCUGAGUAAUACUGUAAUUCAGUAGAUGAGUUAACCACGGCAGUCUCGGGGUCUCAUGAAAGUCUUUACGAGUAAUUUUAUUGGAUAUGAGUAAUUUCACAUAUUGCGUCCGGUACGGCUACUCAGAUCACGAGUACAAUCUUCAGGCCAGCCAGGCCAUGUGGAUGGAGCUACCCAGGCGCCAGGCCGGUGGAUGGAGGUCGCUCUGCGGGUAUCGAUCGGCUGCGAACAUGUGGACGGUGUAUGAGAAGAUUUAAAGGCCUACCCGUUACAGAAGUUUUGGGCUUUUUUGGGGUAACAAUGCAGUCUGUUGUGUCCAAGAUGCAUUCAUGAAUUUGACACUGUUUUUAGAUGUAUCAGUGCCCAAGAUGUCUCUAUCAGGGUGUCCGCUUACGGAAACUUGUGAACCAUAUUCGCAGUAUUCAUAGUCAUGAACCAGAUUUCUUCCUUGUUUGUGGAAUCCAAGGUUGUCAGAGAUCUUAUAAGGUAUUUUCUUCAUAUAUCACUCACCUCAAUCGGCACCAUAAAGAGGAGUUCGCUUCAUCUGUAGAUGUACAUGAAGUGUCAACAGAAGCACAUGACAAAAAUUCAGAACCUCUCCCUGAAACUGGACAAGUUCCAACUGAUUUGCACUGUGAUUCUAUUGAUGAUGAACCUGUUGAUGUUGAAAGAUCAGUAGCUCUGCUUAUAUUGUCUCUUAGAGAAAAGCAUAAAUUGCCUUUAUCAACUGCAAAUGCUAUUCUCCGGGAAAUUUCUGAAUUGUGGCGCAUUCAUGAACAUCACCUUACAUCAAAAUUCCAAGAACUAUUAGCACAUCAUCCACAUGAGCUUGACCAGUUCAAUAUAUCAAGUGAUGUACUACAUCAUCUGUCAGCAUUGUCAUCAGAGCAUGAACAAUUGAAGUACUUUCGAUGUAGUCUCGGUUUGGUUGAGCCUCAAACUCAUAAACUAAAUAUCAAUUCAAAUGAUACAUUGCAGUAUGUACCAAUUAUUGAUUCACUUCAGUGCCUUCUUAAGCAUAAUGAUGUUUUGGCUCAUGUACUGAAUUUCAAGUAUGGCCCUCAAGAAGGAAACCAUUUUGUUUUGACAGACUUUUGUGAUGGAUCACUUUACAAAGAAAACCCUUUAUUCCAGACAAAUGAUCCAACCAUUCAGAUAAUUUUAUAUCAUGACGAUUUCCAGAUCACUAAUCCAUUAGGAUCAAGGCCUGUGAAAAUAAGUGCAUUUUACUAUGUCUUAGGAAACCUAGAUAGCUGCUUCCGCUCUACACUUCAAGUCAUACAGCUUGCAUGUUUAUGCAGAAGUGAACUUGUAAAAAAAUAUGGGUAUGGUUGUAUUCUGAAACCAGUUAUUCGUGAUCUAAAGAUAUUAGAAAAAGAUGGCAUCAGUGUGAAUAUCAAUGGUUCCUCUCUCACAGUCAGAGGGACUUUAAGCUUUGUAGCAUGUGACAAUCUUGCUGCCCAUGCCAUUGGUGGAUUUGUUGAGAAUUUUGUUGCAAAUCGCUUCUGUCGGCAAUGUAUGUGCACAAGAAUUAUUCUUAAGAAUAAUCACACACCAAGUCAGCUAUCUAAAGUAAAAGAAAGAUGCAUUGAAGGGUAUGAUCGACAAGCGGAUCUAGUAGCAGAUGACAAAAGCCUAAUAUCUGUUUAUGGAGUCAAAGGGAAAUCUCCCCUUAAUGAACUUCAAUACUUUCAUGUCAUAGAUGGAUUACCCCCUGACCCUGCCCAUGACCUCUUGGAAGGUGUGUGCCCUUGGUUGUUGCAAAAAAUACUUACAAAUCUGAAGGAUCAGAAAAUCCUAGAUAUUUCUGACAUUAAUGCUGUUCUAACUACAUUUAAGUAUAAAGGGAGUGACAAGGUAAACCGUCCAUCAAAGUUCUUGUCAGUCACCAAUAUCAAACAGACCGCUUCUCAAAUGUGGAAUCUGAUGAGAUUUUUUGCGUUGCAGUUUUCCUCGUACAUACAGGCUGACAAUGAAUCUACAUGGGAACUGUUGUAA